AUGGCUUGCUCAAUAUACCACACAAUAAUCCUCCUCUUGCUGCUCACUCUCACUCUUGCUCAAGUUCGUAUUCCCAUCACGCGGAAAACCCAUCUUCCACAGCCUGCUCUCAACCGCCGUCUCUCGAAUCGUGCCUCAAUCUCAGGAUCUCUUGCCAAUGACUUGACACAAGCAAGCUAUGUGAUUUCCGUCAAAGUUGGCACCCCACCUCAGGAUAUCGAUUUAAUUGUCGAUACGGGUAGCAGUGAUACUUGGUUAGUCGCGAAUACUGCAAAUUCAUGUACUGGUUUUGGGUUAGAGCAUCUCAAUAAGACGGAGAUACUUCCCUGCAUUACUCCUUAUAACCCGCACGCUUCUUCAUCCAUGAACGGGAACAUCACAACCGAUACCUUUGUUAUUGAAUACAUGGAUGGUAGAAAAUCAAAAGGAUCCUACAUAGCGGACACUUUAACCCUUGGCAAUGCCACCGUCCAGUCUCUCCAAAUGGGUCUCGCCUCCACCACGGAUGUGCGGACCGGGACUUUAGGACUUGGCUAUUCGGUCAAUGUGGCCUCAAAUACCAUCUACCCAAAUGUAAUUGACGAACUGGUCUCUCAGAAACUCAUCAGCACCAGAGCUUAUAGUCUCUAUCUUGAUUCUGCCGACUCCUCUACCGGCUCUAUUCUCUUCGGUGCAGUUGAUACUAGCAAAUUCGUUGACCAAGAGGGCAAAACUACAAAUUUCACAAGCUCUCCGCAAGCCGUGCUUUUGGAUUCCGGAACCUCAAUCAUUACAUUACCGCCUGAAUUGACAAGUGUUAUAUUCAAAUAUUUUAACGCUUACGACGGUACAAAUUCUACAGGAAAUGUAUAUCUUCCCUGUCCACUCCUCAAUACUUCAUCCGAUCUAACAAUGAACUAUCUCUUCUCAUCCUCCUCCGUCUCUGCUACAAUCAAGAUUCCUCUCUCAGAACUUAUAUUCCCGCUUUCAAACCCUAUCUAUACCCCUUGGCCCAACGUUUCUAUGCCCGAUUUACCAUUUAACGACGACGCGUGUACUUUUGGAAUACAGACAGGAGCACCGGACUACUACUUUCUCGGGGACACAUUUUUGAGGAGUGCAUACGUGGUGUAUGAUUUGGAGCAUAAUCAAAUCGGAAUCGCGCAGGCAGAUUUCAAUAAUAAUAGUAGUGAUGAGAAUAUUGUCGAGUUAAAAGCAGGACAACCAGCUGUCCUGGCUUUAAGUAGUGUUAGUACCAGUACUAGUUCGAGUGCGAGUGCGAGUGCGAGUACGACUGAGGUCGCUAGCCCUACUAGUAGCGGGAGUUAG